AUGGCCGACGCUAAUCUUCUUCGCCCCACUAGUACUCGCGCACCGGAUGAAGAUUCCGAUCAUGUUGGUUCAGGCGCCUCGACACCUCCCGGUGGAAUCUCAACGCCUCGCCCUGACCUUAUGGAUAAACGUCAACCCGGCUUGCCGCAUGCCUACUUUGCCCAGGUUUGUCAUUCUCUUCGUGUUCCUUUCACAUCGUCCACCAAUCCUGCCUACCCCUCUCUGAACAUGGACCCCUCACAUCCCUCUUCUACUGUCCCCACUGGCGUACCUCCACCUACAGCACCCAGCUCGCCCAAGCACUCUUCUAUCGGCGGUCAAGCACCCCCACUACUCCCGCACGAGCAAACCGACGCUGGUCUGCCUGCAUAUCCUACCCCACCUCUGUCGUCGGCUUCUUCUCUUCAUGGCCCGCAGGUCGAUGAAGAAGGGCCUGCAGACGUGCAGACGUCGACUGAGAAAAAUGCCCCAGCAGGUCCAGCGCGGCUUCGUAGUUCCACACUGCCCUCGAGCACAGUAGACACUGUCGUUUCCAGACCGCAUGUUUCUGCGCACAUCUCUAGUCCUGCUGCUAAACCCACCGAUGUUCCCGAUUCUCUAAAUGCUUCUCUUUCCAUGUCAUCUGAGCUUGAGCCACUGGAUAGCGAGAACAAAGGGCUAACAGAAGACCAAAAGAGUACCCCUCCUCGCACUCCACGAGCCUUGUCACAUAAUGAGACUGCCGCUGCAGUCGAUGACGCCUCCGCGUCCACAGCCCCUCAGAUCUCCCGGACUGAGAAGAGUAGUCGAUCCAGCUCAAACCACUCCAAUGGUCAACCCACUGUCGGUACAACUAAGGGUCAGCUCUCAGUCGAAAUUGUGCAGGGAAGAGGUCUCAAGCCUAGCACUGCCCCUUAUGUCGUCUGCAUUUAUCAACUGAAUGAAGACAUUUCUGGCGGCGCCGAGGAGGACGCUAUGGAUACCAAGACGCAAGAGCAAGACGCCUACCAGAAUGAAAAUCUGGCCAAGGGAGUUGCUAUGAGAAGAAUGGGCAGUGACGGAGGAAAAGCUAUGAGCAUUCCUGGACUCGGCAGCCGCCAAACCAGCCAAACAGAUAUUCCCAAGCUCAAGGACUCUGCCUCGGAUCCUCUCGUGACUGAGCCACUAUGGAACCACGAGGCCGUAUUUGACGUUGUUGGCGACCAGUCUGAACUCGACAUUUCCGUGUAUGACAAGAAGAACCAAGAAGCUUUCAUUGGACACGUCCGCUUCAGCCCCGAACUCGAUAACUACGACACUCCUCACGAGGCCUGGUACAAGUUGAAGCCCAGAGAGGGCGAGACCGACAAUGUUUCUGGCGAAAUCCAGCUCAGACUUAGUUACCAGAAGACCGACAAGAAGACUUACGGACCCGAAGAUUUCGAAAUCUUGAGACUCAUCGGUAAGGGUACUUUUGGACAGGUCUUCCAGGUUCGCAAGAAGGAUACACAAAGAAUCUAUGCCAUGAAGGUGCUCUCGAAGAAGGUCAUCAUUCAAAAGAAGGAAAUUGCACACACCAUCGGCGAGCGUAAUAUUCUUGUGCGCACUGCCACUGCCGAGUCACCAUUCAUUGUUGGCUUGAAAUUCUCUUUCCAAACCCCUGCCGAUCUAUAUCUGGUCACCGACUACAUGUCUGGAGGAGAACUUUUCUGGCAUCUGCAAAGAGAAGGACGUUUCGUCGAAGGCCGUGCAAAAUUCUACAUUGCCGAGCUGAUUCUUGCCUUGAGACAUCUCCAUCAGCACGACAUUGUGUAUCGUGAUCUGAAACCCGAAAACAUUUUGUUGGAUGCCAACGGUCAUAUUGCUCUCUGCGAUUUUGGUCUAUCUAAAGCCAACCUUUCAAAGGGAGACACAACAAACACUUUCUGCGGUACCACAGAAUACCUUGCCCCCGAAGUUCUCCUGGACGAGCAAGGUUACACCAAGAUGGUCGAUUUCUGGUCGCUGGGUGUUUUGGUCUUCGAGAUGUGCUGUGGCUGGUCGCCUUUCUAUGCCGAGGACACUCAGCAAAUGUACAAGAACAUUGCUUUCGGCAAGGUCCGUUUCCCUAGAGAUGCUCUCUCGACAGAAGGUCGCAACUUCGUCAAGGGACUAUUGAACCGCAACCCGAACCAUCGUCUUGGAGCCAAGGCAGACGCCGAUGAGCUUAUGGCCCAUCCUUUCUUCGCUGAUAUUGAUUGGGAUGCUCUUGGUCGCAAAGCGCUUGUUCCACCUUUCAAGCCCAAGCUUAAGGGCGAGUUGGACGUAAGCAAUUUCGACCCGGAGUUCACCAAUGCUUUGUCGAGUGGCAAUUCAUCAUCUCUGAAUGCUCGUGCGGCAGCUCUGGCUAGCGGCGUCAAUCCGGCCAGCACACCUCUCAGUCCCACACUGCAGACGGCUUUCAAGGGCUUCACAUUCGUUGAUGAGAGCACACUCGACAAACAAUUUGGCAACGACACAGCACACUUGUCCAAACAGGACUCGCAAGAAGACAACGAUGAGUUGAGAAAGACCUUGAGCAAGGGUGAGCGCAUGGGUGGAGUGGUAUCUUCGACAAACGAACCCCAGGGCAUCUUCAACGACGGCAUGGACGUUUAA